UUAUAAAUAAUCUAUCCAAAUCAUAUGUUUUUCAAAAUUUUUGGGUCCACAAAAUAGGGACGAUACCAAUUUAAAUGCGGUUGCGAGUAAAAAUUACAGAACAAUCAUCCAUCUCCAAUUUUUCAAAAAUUUUCCAGAAUUUAUCUAGAUUGGGGAAAUUAUGUGUAAUUAGGUUUACUGAUAAAUUGGUUUAUAUUCUCUAUAUUGAUGAAAUUAUUAAUGGAGGAAAUUGGGGAUUCUGCAAAAUAUACCAAGAACGAAUAUUUGAAGAAUAUUGUAUGGAAGGUCUUGACAAGGAAACUAAUGAAAUUUAUAUGGAAGUUUUGAUUGAAAAUAUUAUGAAAGCAUUAAAAAAUGCAGCAUCAACAAAAUUAAUAAAAAUUAAAUUGACCAAGAAAAAAGGACCAACUCUUACAUUUGAAUUAGAAACAAGUUCAAUGUUAUCCAGUACUCGAUCCAUCAUACAUGAUAUUCCAAUAAAUUUAAUAUCAAAAAAAUUUUGGCCAGACUUUCAAGCCCCUGAUGUUUUGCCUUUCGAUAUUAGCAUUCGACUUCCGCAUCUAAGAGUUCUGAAGAACAUGUUUGAUCGAAUCAAGCAAAGGGCCUCUCAAAUAAUCAUAACGGGGAAUGGUAAAGGCAGAUUGAGUUUCAAAAUGGAAACCGACAUUGUAACCCUAAAUACCCGCUUUAAAGAUUCGAUAUUUGCAUUCGAAAGCGAUUUUCCUGCCAUUUAUGACAACAGUUGUACAUCUUUCACUCAAAAAAUGGAUAAUUUAUACACCGUUGGUUGUGACAAGCAUCUUAGAACACCUGCCUCUAUAGAUCAAUCUGAUAAGAUAGUAAAAGUGGAUCUCAAAAAAAUUAGCGCGAUUUUUACAUCCUAUCCCUUUACGCCCGAACGUGCCUGUAUAAAUAUAAAAGAUAGGCGUUCAAUUCAGAUAUUUUUAGUAAGGGAUGACUUCGAAUUUCAAUACAUAUUACCUUGUUUCGCAGAAGUCACUUAAAACAAAUAUUUUAAAAAAAUUUAUAAGAAAUUUCGAAGAUUAGUUAGUUACGGACUUAUUCUUGUGAUCAGGAAUUUUCACAUUAUAUAUUUAAUAAAUUAAUUGAACAUCUAAUGUUUAGUUUACAAAUAGAUAGGAGUGCCUAUUAUAGUUUGGGAGGCUUUAAGGCUAGCGGACGAGUUUUCUCGGGUUGUUCCAACCUGAGGUGGGUUAAUCUUUAGAAUAGGUUUUGGCGGUUUGAGUCGAUAAAUUUAUCAAUAUCAAGAAG